GAAGAGGAAGAAGAAGAAGAAAUUGCUCUCGUUUGAGGCAUUCAGACUUAGAGAGAGAAGAAAAGAAGAACAAACGACCAUCGCAGGAGAGAGAGAGUUUGAAAAAAGAAAAUUUUCUCUCUCUUCGUCUUCGUCUUCGUCUUCCUAUAACUUCCUUCCGUUGUUCCUCUCUCUCUCUCUCCACUUUUUAUCACACAUUUCCGCAUCAAAGCCCUAGUCUUCUUCUCAUUCUUUUCCAGAAUUGGAUUCAACAACUGUGAAACAAUUCGAAUUGAAAUUCCAUUUGCAUUGUGCAACGGGUCGGAUUUCUCGGUCUGGUGCUCCAAUGGCGACAAUGGAGGGGGUCCUGCCGUUUUCCGCGGCGUCCGUGGUGGAGGAUGUUCUCCAGCAGCAUGGGAAGCGACUCAACGACGUCGAUUUGGCGUCGCGGAAGGCCGAAGAGGCUUCUCUGAGAAGAUAUGAAGCAGCUCGGUGGCUAAGAAAGACAGUUGGAGUUGUCGCUGGUAAAGAUUUGCCUGCUGAGCCAUCAGAAGAAGAUUUUAGGCUUGGUUUGCGAAGUGGAAUAAUUCUUUGCAAUGUCAUCAACAAGGUUCAACCUGGUGCCGUACCGAAAGUAGUUGAAGCCCCAGCUGAUACUGGUAUUAUUCCCGAUGGAGCAGCUCUCUCUGCUUAUCAAUACUUCGAAAAUGUUAGAAACUUCCUUGUAGCUGUGGAGGAAAUGGGGCUUCCAACCUUUGAAGCCUCUGAUUUGGAACAGGGAGGGAAAUCUUCAAGGAUUGUCAACUGUGUACUAGCUAUGAGAUCUUUUAACGACUGGAAACAAGGGGGUGGAAACGGAUUAUGGAAAUUCGGCGGAACUUCGAAACCGACUACUUUUGGGAAGCAGGUUGUACGGAAAAACUCAGAACCAUUCAUGGGUUCCUUAAGGAACUUGUCAACUGAGAAGUCUCUUGAUAGCGUGUCUAGCGAGCAAUCCCUAUCCAUUGAUUUUGGGAAUGACAUAAAUCAAAUGGGCACCUCUAAUUCCUUGAAUAUGCUGGUCCGUGAACUUCUUUCUGAUAAGAAGCCAGAAGAAAUUCCAUUUAUCGUCGAGAACAUGCUUGGCAAAGUUAUGGAGGAGUUUGAGCAUCGGUUAGCUAGCCAAAAAGAUCACCAGGCUAAAACACCUCCAAGGGACGUGGACGUCUCUGAUCCUGACAUGUGUUUCCCUAAAUCUUCUUGUGGGGAAACAGAGAUGGAAGACACAGCGAAGACAAAGAAUUUGAAGGAGGAAUGCUCAAAUGAAGAGGAUAUUAACGAAAGAUCAAAAGGCCUAAAUAUAAAGCCGCAGAUGCUUGUUGAAAAACAGCAUAGAGAUGUACAGGAAUUGAAAAAUACUCUUCAUACUGCAAAAUCAGAUUUGCAGUUUUUGCAAAUGAAGUAUCAAGUGGAGUUCAACAAUCUUGGUAGACAUUUGCAUGGUCUAGCUUAUGCUGCUUCAGGAUACCAAAGAGUUCUCGAGGAAAACCGGAAGUUAUACAAUCAAGUGCAAGACCUCAAAGGAAGCAUUAGGGUGUACUGUCGAGUGCGACCUUUCUUGCCUGGGCAACCAAACAGCGUGAGCUCAGUUGAUCGGUUGGAUGAAGGAAGCAUUACUAUUUACACCCCUGCAAAAUAUGGAAAAGAUGGACGGAAGUCAUUCACAUUCAACAAAGUUUUUGGUCCAUCGGCAACCCAAGAAGAGGUAUUUGCAGACACUCAACCUCUGAUUCGGUCUGCACUUGAUGGUUACAACGUUUGUAUAUUUGCUUAUGGCCAAACAGGAUCAGGAAAAACUCAUACUAUGACUGGACCCAAAGAGCUUACGCAAGAGAGUGUAGGAGUAAACUACAGGGCGUUGAGUGAUUUAUUUCUCAUCUCAGAGCAGAGGAAAGAAACCAUUUCCUACGAAAUUUCUGUUCAGAUGAUUGAAAUUUACAAUGAGCAAGUCAGGGAUCUCCUGGUGACAGAUGGUCUUAACAAGAGAUUAGAAAUUCGUAACAGUUCUCAAAACGGAGUAAAUGUGCCAGAGGCAAACCUUGUACCUGUUUCUUCAACAUCUGAUGUUAUCAAAUUAAUGAACCUCGGGCAGAAAAAUCGUGCAGUGGGUGCUACAUCUAUGAAUGAUCGUAGUAGUCGUUCUCAUAGUUGCCUCACGGUUCAUGUUCAAGGGCGAGAGCUGGCAUCUGGGACGACUCUUCGGGGUUCUAUGCAUCUGGUAGACCUGGCUGGAAGUGAGAGAGUCGACAAAUCUGAGGUUGUAGGAGAUAGAUUGAAGGAGGCGCAACACAUCAAUAAAUCUCUUUCUGCUUUAGGAGAUGUGAUUUCUUCUCUUUCUCAGAAGAACUCACAUGUUCCUUAUAGGAAUAGUAAACUGACGCAGUUGCUCCAGGAUUCGCUUGGAGGGCAAGCCAAGACUCUAAUGUUUGUUCACAUCAGUCCGGAGCCUGAUGCUGUAGGUGAAACAAUUAGCACACUAAAAUUCGCUGAGCGUGUUUCAACUGUUGAGCUUGGUGCUGCUCGAAUUAAUAAGGACAAUUCAGAUGUCAAGGAGCUGAAGGAACAGAUUGCUAAUCUGAAGGCAGCCUUGGUGAGGAAGGAGGAAGAGCCUGAUAGCGCAUACCUAUCCACACUUAGCAGCCCAGAAAGACAGAGAAUGAACUCAGCUGGGUCUUCUCCUUCACAUCCCCAUUGGCAGAGUGCUGGUGAUGUGUCUGCCAAUAGGGGGCAACCAACGGAGAAUGUUGGUCACUUAGAGUUUAGGAACAACACCACAACAUCAAAGGUGAAAAAGCGAAGCUUAGAUCCUCAAGACUUCUUAAUGAAUUCACCGCCCACACCUCCUGUUGGCAGUCUGGCAGCAUCAUUGAAGGAAGACGAGAAAUCAAAACCGAGCGAUUGGGUUGAUAAGAUCAUGUUGAACAGGCAGUCCAGCCAUAUUGAUAUCGAUGUAACCCUGCCUGGGCGUUGGGAAGAAGACAACCGACAGCCACCUGAGAUGAUUUAUCAGAGACACUCCCCUGAUCCUUCAAAGAUAUACUCAGAACAACCUUUUAGCAAACUUUCUGGCAAUGGAAAGGAAAGCCAAGACAAUGAUGUACAUAGGAAUAGGUGUGAGACAGCCGCCACUGACGAGUCUGAUGAGCUUGAGGCUGCAACAAGUGAUUCUUCUGAGACAGACUUGCUUUGGCAACACAAUCUUCCCAGAGUUUCCAGUGUCCCUAAUGGGUUGGGAUUGAAAACUAAGAGACCGAUUUUAAAGCAAGUGAAGAGCCCAGAAACAAGGUAUCAGAGUUUAAUUCCACCGCCGCCGACACGGAGGCUCUCCAAUGGUUUCACUUCACCGUUGCACAAGACUGGAAGGCAGCCAGUUGCUGCUGUUGGGAAGAGAAAAAAAUAGGAAUCAGAAAGAGUGAGAAUGUGCUGUUUAUGGAGAAGUGUUGAAAGUGAUUUUGUUUUCUUUCUGAAAUUGUUUCUCCUGUGAAUUAGUUAGUUUUAGGUAUAGAAAGAGAGAGGUAUUUCCACAAAUGGAGUGGCAAUAACCACAGUUGCCUGAGGUUUUUUUUUCCCAGUGGUGGUCUCUGAGAUGAUGAUGGGUGUUCUUACUGAGGUUUUCUGGUGUUGAUCUAUUUUCGAACUCCCUUUUUGGAGAAAUAAUGAAAAGGCAAAAGGAAGAAAUGAAUGCAUCAUGUACCUCAUCUUUUUCUUCUUCUUUUUUGGGUUAUUCAUGUACCUCAUCUUCCUAGUUCUGUUGCUGGUUUGUUUAUAGUUCAAAUUCUGUCAGUUUCUUAUAAAAGCAUGGAUUAUCAUUGCAA